AUGUCCUCCCGUGGUCGCCAUGCAUCCACUGAGGCAACUCCACUCUUACAGGACCCCCUUGACGAAGAACAUCAGCAGAAACUCCGGGCACCAAAUCCCAAAUCUCGCGGGGUGGUAUGGGGUUCUCUAACUUUGACUUUCUUGAUUGCCCUAUUUCUUGUGCUCGGAUUCAACAACGAGUUUGGUGAUGUUGUGCGGCCUUGGCUCGGCUUUCUGCCCAAAGACCCACUACUUGCAGCUCAGAUAAUCCUUCGUGAUGCCCCCGUUAUCGACGGUCAUAUUGAUUUACCAUAUCUCGUGCGAUCACAAUACGCCAACAAUGUAACUGCCGUCGAUCUGGCUACCCACAUGCCCGGGCAUGUCGACGUUCCAAGGUUAAGAAAAGGGAAAGUGGGAGGGUUCUUCUGGUCUACAUACGUUGCUUGCCCAGAGCCUGAUGGAGUAGACCGGGACUUCCUUGAUGCUAGCUGGCGCGUUCGAGAUACCCUUGAACAAAUUGAUGUCUCCAAGCUCUUGAUUGAAAAAUAUCCAAAGACCUUCCGUUUGGCUUUAACAUCCGAUGAUAUCAAAGAAGCAAUAAACAGCAGGAAAAUUGCAAGUCUUUUGGGAGUUGAAGGUGGUCAUCAACUGGGAAAUUCCAUCGCUGUUCUACGCCAAUAUCAUGCCCUAGGAGUUCGCUACGUGACUCUGACACACACCUGCCAUAAUGCAUUUGCGGACUCGUGUGGCUAUCUACCAGGGAUCAUUCCUCUUCACGGCGGCCUGAGUGCUCUGGGGAAGUCUCUGAUUGAGGAAAUGAACCGUUUGGGUGUACUUGUUGACCUUUCACACACUUCCGAUGCAACAGCCACACAAGCUCUGCGACAUUCUAAAGCCCCAGUCAUCUGGUCCCACUCUUCUGCGCGUGCGGUACACGAUGUUCCUCGAAAUAUUCCUGACGAGGUGCUGAGACUUAUUGGAACUGGUGAAGGCCAGAAGGAUGGUGUCGUCAUGGUAAAUUUUGCUCCCUUCUUUGUUGCAAAUCCUGGAGAGGCAACUGUCGCUGCGGUUGCUGACCAUGUAGAGCAUAUCGCGAAAAUCGCUGGAAUAGCACACGUUGGAUUAGGGAGUGAUUUUGAUGGCAUUGAAGAUGUUCCUAUUGGCUUAGAGGAUGUGUCCAAGUAUCCUGCUUUAAUCGCCGAGCUGUAUAGGCGUGGGUGGAACAAGUUCGCUCUUGCUGGCCUCACAGGAGCGAACCUAUUGCGUGUUUUCGAGGGAGCGGAGAGAGUUGCUCGAUUAUUACAGCUCGCUGGAACGGAGCCCAAAUUCGAUGUUUACAACAAGCGUCCAGACCUUUGA